UUGCUUCAUGUGUCUCCUAACUUCAACUCGGGGAACAAGGGGCAUCAAGGGGCCCUGGAGAGGGGACUUCGCAUCUGUGGCCAGAGUACCCUCAAGCUGCAGACAGUUAGUCCAGAAUCUGCACUUAGUUUCCCCUCCAAUGCAGCCCAGGAGCAGAACUUUGGGGAUCAGUUCCUUCAUGUGUUCCUCCAAGACGGAAGCCCUGUUGCUAAACUUGGUUGUGGAGGCAGCCGGGUUUUGAAUGCAGCCUCCGGCCAAAUCAUCAACGUUAACAGAUGGACGCCAGUCACAGUCCGAUACAAUUUGCCUGUCGGCAAACAAGGAGGGUCAUGUAUGAUUGAAAUAGGUGCAGAUAAUGGCACAGCUCAGCAUCUUGAGGAGUUCAUGUCACAUUCCGUGUCAGAGGGAACCUUUGGACCCGUAUUUCUCGGGGAUGUUUCAUCGCACUGGUGGAUGCAUGACAGGAGUGAAAAAGGAGAAAGGAGAUUCAUUGGCUGCAUCAGCGGACUUCAGAUCAACGGAAAGGAGAUUGACUUGGUGGGUGAGGCGGUGAGAGGGAGAAACAUCCAGAACUGCGACCCGCCCGUCUGCCAACAUCUACCUUGCCGUAACGGUGGAACAUGUGUCAGCCACUGUACGAGCACGGCAUACCUAAUGAUGUCUCCCUGCACGUUUAGUGAUGCUGAGGACUGGUUCUGCGAGUGCCCCCCGCUUUACACCGGCCGGCUGUGCCAGCUGAGCGCUUGCGAGCGCAGCCCCUGCAGUCACGGAGCCACAUGCAUCCCAAAGUCGCCAUUGGAGGCUGUUUGUCUCUGCCCCUAUGGGCGACAGGGUCUACUAUGCGACCAGCCCAUCAAUAUAACCCGUGCCAGGUUCAGUGGGAGUGAUGACUUCGGAUACACCUCCUUUGUGGCUUAUUCCUCCAUCCCGAGCCUGAGUUUGUACUACGAGUUCAACCUGAAGUUUACACUUGCAAAUAAUUCAUCUGCUGUCAGAGACAACCUGAUGCUCUUUGCUGGACAUAAAGGACAAGGCAAUGAUGGUGAUGACUUCCUUGUUUUGGGACUGCGUAGUGGGAGAGUUCUACAUAGAUUCAACCUGGGAUCAGGGAUAGCAACUAUAGUCAGUGACAAGCUCAACUCCCACAUCAACAUCCACUCUGUCACCUUUGGACGGUCAAAGAAAGUAGGAUGGCUGAAGGUUGAUGGUCAGCGUAACAGAACGGGAUUUUCUCCUGGACCUUUGGUGGGCCUCAAUGUUUUCAACCAGGUCUUUUUAGGUGGAUAUAAUGAAUACACCCCUGAACUACUGCCACUUGGCUCCAGGUUCCGUCAUGGCUUUCAGGGGUGCAUUUUCGGUGUUCAGUUUCGGACCGGAAGAGACAGAAAGUUCCAGGCUCUGGGGCAGCCUUGGGGUCAUCCCACGUUUGGACGCAGUGUAGGUCAAUGUGGAGUCACCCCCUGCGUUCAUGUUCAGUGCAUGAACGGUGGGACAUGCGUGGACUCUGGCUCAUCUGUUUAUUGCCAGUGCCCGCUUGGAUGGAAGGGAGCCCUCUGUACUGAGACGGUGUCGGUGUGUGAUGUGGAGCACAGCCCCCCUCCUCUGUGUGCCCACGGCUCCACCUGCAUCCCUCUGCCGAUUGGAUAUACCUGCCAGUGUCCCCUGGGGACGGCGGGACUCCACUGCGAGAAAGCUGUGGCCAUCAGCGAUCCAUUCUUCAGCGCUAACCAGUCUUCAUGGAUGUCCUUCCCACCCAUGAGUGUGAGGCACAGGACUGCUGUGCAGCUGCAGUUCCAGACAUUAUCACCCGAUGGCAUCCUCGUCUACACUGCACAGCAUCUCAGUGCCAGAGCAGGAGAUUUCUUCUGUCUCUCUUUGACAUCUGGGUUUGUCCAAUUGCGAUACAAUCUUGGGGAUGGCACCCACACCCUAAGGUCAGCUGAAAAAGUGGACAUCCGUGGCAUGACGUGGCACACCGUGAAGGCCGGACGAAUUGGUCACCGAGGCUUCCUUAGUCUUGACGACAAGGAGGUUACAGGGAACGUGACUAAAGGGAUGACCACUCUGGACGUCGCCACGGACAUCUUUGUCGGAGGCGUGUCCACUCUGAGCUUCGUGCCCCCCGAUGCAACGGAAGGGGAGCCAAUGAGCUUCACCGGCGGCCUGAGAGAACUUCUAAUUAAUGGUCAUGAACUUGAGCUCACAGAGACGGGAGCUGUUGGUGGAGCAAACGUAGGGGAUUGGGACGGGACAGCCUGCGGGUACAAAGUGUGCCAAAACGGAGGACGCUGCAUGGAAACAGGGAGCGACUCGUUUGCGUGUUCAUGCCCACCUUUAUGGACAGGCUCUGUGUGUAACCAGUCUGUAAGCUGCUUAAACAGCCUCUGCAGAUACGGCUCCCUGUGUGUGCCGUCUCCAGGCAGCACUUACAGCUGCAUGUGCCCGCUGGGAUGGGGAGGGACAUACUGUGACACAGAAAUAACCACAAGCACUUUGGGCUUCGCUGGAAACUCUUACAUAAAAUACCGAGACCCCAGAUUUAGCAUAAGAAACUUGAAAUACACUCAAGUCUCUUUCCGAGUUUCCGCCAGCUCCAGUGACGGUUUAAUCAUGUGGAUCGGAAAGGCUGAGCACGAAGAUGACGACCACCUCGCAGUCGGACUUGAGAGGGGCUUUCUCAAAAUUGCGGUCAAUCUUGGAGAGAGAGUUUCCCCUCCUUUAACUUUAAAAAAUCUCAGUCUUUGCUGCAACAAAUGGCUUAACAUCUCCCUUUCCCUUAACAGCACAGUCGUGCAGGUCCUCCUGAACAGUAGGAGAAUCCUUUUUGAAGAUGUGGACCCUUUUGAGCAAUACGUGGCCCUGAACUAUGGUGCUCUUGUUUACUUUGGAGGGUUUGAAUUAUACAGAAAUGUCUCAGUUGUCACCUCUGGAAUGUUUUCAAAGGGUUUUGAAGGAAGUCUCAAAGAUGUCUAUUUGUUUGGGGAUACAAAACCAGUGCCAUUUUUAAAAAGUACCAGUGAAGGUUUUAAUAUUUAUAAGCGGGAUGACUAAUACGUUGAAAGUUUUUUUCCCCACCCAGCUUGGAACUUGACAGUUUUCAUUUAUUUCUUUUUAUCAUAGUGGUAGGAGAUAUAGAGAUGCAUUGUGUUUUUAUGAUUAAGAUGUGUUUUACCAAUUCAGACGGUUUUGUUUAAAAUUAAUCUUCUAAACUAAAUCUCAUUACACAAAUAACUAUAAACUAGUGAUGUUGAUGAACAUAUAUAUAUAUUUUGAAUAGUAACACUGGUUUUGUCCUAGUAUAUAGCUAAAUGUCUGUAUGAAGUCUGA